UCUUGUCGCUCCAGCAGCCCUCGUUGUCUGCCUGAACUCUCACCCUGGUGGUCGGGAAAUGUCAACGAGAGGCCCGUGCCGCAGCAAGGGGGCGUUACGGGGAAAAAACAAUUGGCUUUAUUGUUAUAUUUUCACGCAAUUCGCCUUUUCUUAGUCUUACCACUAGAGUAAGCAUCAAAAACGACCAGCACGCCGACCGCCAAGUCCGAUCCGCCGUGGACUGCUGUUCUCAUCCUUCAUCUGUCUCGUCUCGUAUUGCAAUCAUUGCCAAACAUGAGAAAUGAAACAUUUGUGCACUGGGACUGGAUGCUCUUACCAGCAGACCCCACUUCCGCCAUGACACCCAGCAGAGGAUUCUGGGAUUGACGCAAGCAUCACUCCCACUGAUGGCCUGGACCAGGUUUCAGCUGGCCUGCUGAAGCUAUGGGGAGCUGCUGGAGCUGUCUAUACAGAGACACUAUCCGAGACAACCAUCUCAACAAAUUUAAGGUGACUAAUGUGGACGAUGAGGGAAAUGAGUUGGGCUCAGGAACCAUGGAGCUCACACAAACAGAUCUCAUUCUGCACACGCGCAAACGUGAUGCCAUCCGGUGGCCAUACCUUUGUCUGCGCCGAUACGGUUACGAUUCCAACCUCUUCUCUUUCGAGAGUGGCCGUCGUUGUCAGACAGGACAAGGGAUCUUUGCAUUCAAGUGCUCUCGUGCAGAAGAGAUCUUCAACCUGCUGCAGGAGUUGAUGCAGUGUAACAGCAUCAAUGUAGUGGAGGAGCCUAUGAUCAUGACCCGGCCCGGGCAUGUGCCAGAGAUGGACAUGCCUCGAACUCCACAGACACCCAAUACCCCUGGAUUCCCGAUGCAGGGUUUUCCUAAUGGAUACCCAGGAUACCCAAUCAGUGCAGACUCAUCACAGCCCUCUCUCACCAACGACCACAGACACAGCCUCAUGGGACUGGAUGACCAAACCCAUACGUAUGUGAAUACAGUGGGAAUGGAAACUGACCUCUCAAGCCGCCACUGUGUCCACUCUCUGCCCGAAGUGCGGCCCACCACCUACCCAGAAACCUCAACUACCACCACCAUACGUGGGGGCCCAGUCCCAGGCCAGCCCAGCAUGCACUGCUGCCCUCUGGACGACCCUCACAAAGACCCUCAGGUCUUCCUCCAGCCUGGAGCCCAGGAGGUGAAGUUCAUGUUGGGUCCGACCCCAGCACAGCGCCACCUGAUGGAAAGAGACAGAGACCGCCACGUCACUCACCCGCUUCGAGCGGCAGACUGCAGCUCCGAAACAGAAGGAGAGGAGACUCCAUCUGUACACAUGUGCAACACACACUCUUACCACCAUUGCCAUCAUCUAAUGCACCGACACUCUAGCAUGGAGCCUUGCCCAGAAAGCCAGCUGACGUACGAGAAUAUCAACGGAAUCCGAGGGGCACGUAGGCAAAGACUGAGUCCGAGCACUGUGUCUCAAUCUCAGUCUUUGGGCUCCAGUAGCAGUAGCAGCACCACCGGUGAUUCCCGCACACAUACACAUCCGCACUCCCUCCCGCUCACACACAUGCACGCUUCCUCGCUGCCUCCGCAGGUAUACGGCUGUGACCGGGGAAUGGGGGUCAGUGGUCAUCGGCGCACCGCGUUGCUCAACUAUGAGAACCUUCCGUCGCUUCCCCCGGUUUGGGAAUACCGUGCGCUUCAGCGUGAGGAAGAGGAGGAUCAGGAUGAAGACGAGGAUGAGGAUGAGUAUGAGGAGGAAGAGGAAGAAGAAUAUGAGUAUGAGUAUUCUGAAGGGCCUGCAACCCCAAACGGAUACCAUCAGGAGAGUGCCGGCAGUGGUGGGAUUCAUCGCGAUGCCCUGCAGAACUACGUCAACACUGAACAGCUACAGCCUUCAACACGUCUCCGUCACGCUUGCCCUCCCCACCCUCACCCGCCUGAGAGGGCCAACCGGGUUUUCAACUUCGACUUCAGACGUCAGCGAGCGGGACGUGGCAGUGCCACCUGUGAGCAGCACAGCCGUCACCCACUUCCUCCUCCCUCUCGCCAGCUCAACUACAUCCAGGUGGACCUGGAGGGUGAGCCCUCCGGUUGCUCAGGACACGGAGGAGGGGCUCCGGUACCACAGAGACCUCCUCCCCUCAAACGUGGCAUGGCUGCCACCGCAGCGGCUCCGUCCUCCCGCCGUGGAGAAUGCUAUGCCGUGAUCGACCUGAAGAAGACAGCAGCCAUGUCAAACCUACAGAAGGCUCUCCCUCGGGAUGACGGCACCUCACGGAAGACACGCCACAACAGUACCGACUUGCCUCUGUGAGAGGGGAAAGAGAGUUACAGGUAUGACAGAAAUGAAAAUGAGGGAAAAUGUUCAGGAAAGAGAGUUUUGGUGGUAUUUUCCUCCCACCAUUAUAGUGAAGCCUCUAUUUUCUCAUUUUCUACACUCAUACCAACUGCUGCUUGAUGAAAUAGUAACUCCAUUGAGCCAAACACUGAGCAUUUUAUUUAUUUUUUUCUCGCAUUUUGCGUGGGAAGGUUGGGAGAUGAUAGUUAACUACUUAUUACCGUGAUUUUGGGUUGCUGUCUGGGCUUUGGGCCAAAGAAUUAAGUUCAGAAAAAA